AUGUUUGAAAAAGUAAGUGCAAUUGCGCUUUUGGACCGAAUUGGCGUGCAUUCGCACAUAAAUGGGCUGGGCAUGGGCAGUGCUCCCCAGGAAGAUUCGUCUGAUGGGUCUCAAGGGCUUCCAGCGGUAUCCUCAAGCGGAGCAAGCGAGUCCGGCAUCAUAGGGCGCGAAAAAGAGCGAAAAAUGCUUUUCCUUCUGUCUAAGCUGGUGGAGAGUCAUAAAGGAAGAACAAUUCUUAUUACAGGAGAGACCGGCACAGGCAAGUCAGCGCUAGAAUAUGCACUGUCCCUUGAUCUGAAAAGAAAGGGAGUCCCGUGUAAAGCAAUUUCUGCAAGUGAAAUAUUCUCUAGCUCUUUGAGUAAAACAGAGGCGCUUACACAGGCCAUCCGCGAAUCGCUUGGCAUUCGGGUGCAGGAGACAACAAAAGUCCUAGAGGGCGAGGUAGUUGAGAUACAGUGCGAUAGAGAAAAGGGCAUCUCAGGACGUGUCAUUUUGAAAACGACAGAGAUGGAGGCAGCAUACACAUUUGGGGCAGGAAUAAUCCAGGCUAUGAAUACUGAAAAGGUUGAAAUAGGGGAUAUAGUUACAGUGAACAAAAGCACUGGAAUGGUGAGAAAGAAGGGAAGGUCACUUAGCCAAAACAGAGACCAGGAGGCGAUAGGGCCUGUUAGCAAAUACAUUCCGUGCCCAGAGGGCGAGAUUCUGAGAGUGCAGACAGAAACCCACACCGUUACUCUACAUGAAAUAGACAUUCUAAACAGCAAGCAGGACUCGCUUCGCAUGACAUCAGGCGAAAUUCCAAUGGAGAUAAGAGAGGCAGUAAAUAAUACAAUGAAGGAGUGGAUUGAGGAAGGAAGAGGGACACUGGUGACAGGCGUGCUCUUUAUCAAUGAGUCAGAUCUGCUGGACACUGAGUGCUACUCAUUCCUCAACACUUUAUCAGAGAUAUCAGCCUCCCCAGUUAUUAUUCUGAGCACAAACAAGAGCUGCCAGAGGGGGGCUUCAGAGGCCUCGGCGGCUGGAGGCAGUGCGUAUGGAAUGCCUGCUGACUUCUACUCCCGCGUUCUUGAAAUGCGCCUUAACAAGUACACGAAGGAGGAGAUUUAUGAAAUAAUAAAGCUCCGCGCAAAAGAGGAGAGUGAGCAGAUUGAAACAGACGGGAUACAUGCCGUUUGUGACUUGGCAGUAAACUAUGGUUUGCGAUAUGCAUUUAACAUUCUAUCGGCACUUGAUGCGUAUGCAGCGCGGAUAGGGAAAAGUAUAGGCGCAAGCGAGGUAGGCGUAAUAGCAGACAUAUUCCCACCUGUGCACGCACAUACUUCCUAG